AUGGUUCGCGGAAGAACCACAGCCCGGGGCGUCAGGAGAGGCGGCGCCGCAGCUUCUUCACGGCCGCAGACCGACGCCGACGACUCGAACCACAGCCAGGACCAGCCGGGAGCGACAUCGGCUCGGGCAGCGCGCGCAGCAGCUUCGACCGGCAGAUUCAGGCCCAAAAACGUCCGGCGAGAUGAAUCCGAGCGAGACGCAUUGGCCCAGCAGGAGCAGCAGAAGGCGAGCGAGAGGGAGGCGGACGAGAGGCGCGCCAGAGGCCGGUCACGGUUCCGCAGCAAGCGGAGUCGCGGCGAUGCCAUGGGCAGCAGAGGCGGCGCCUUUGGCCGGCCGGUAGCCGGAGCCAGCGGGCCGUUUUCCUCGGGCAUGGGAGGACCAGCUGGCGGAGGCUGGUUUGGUGCGGGCGGCGGCGGCGGCGGCGGAGGCGGCAGUUUCGCGAGAUCCGGCAAAUUCGAGGCCAAGUCUGGGUCAGGGUAUGGGUUUUCCGGCGAAGGGGGCUUCCGCGAAUCGAGAAUCAACGCCGACAAGCUGCACGCGAUGGCGCACGACGGCGACCUGGACAGCGAGGACGAGGCCAUGCUGAAUGCGCUCCAUUCCCGGACGGGGAGCGUCAUGCCCAUGGGCAUCCUGCGGCGAGAACACAAAGAGGCGCCAGUCAUGGUGGCCACGGCGGCAGAACUGGAGGCGGCAGAAAAGGCAAACGCCAACGCAACGGGCGAGGAGGAGAGCCUCUGGGUGGAUGGCGAAGGGUCAUUACCGCCGGUCGACCAACCUGAAGAGGGCGACUGGAAACGAGCCGCGAGAGUCAAGAAGGAGCCGACAGACGACUCGAUGGACCUGGACGUCGACACGAAACCAGCUACAGACGAGAAGAAGCCGCCUCUGACCAAGGCAAAGGCCAAGAAGCCGGUCGCUCAAGAUCCCGAGGAGAAGAUGAUUCGCACAGACUUGAGCCUCCUGGCCAGCGAGCUGGGCGCCAUCACGAUCAACGGAGACGGCGAAGAAAAGGCCGACGAGACGGCCAACAAGGACGGUCGACUAUACCUGUUCCAGUUCCCCCCGCUGCUCCCCCCUCUGAAGCAGGUUGCCGCGCCCCAGCCUCGCAUCAAGGUCAAGGAGGAGGAGGAGCAGCAGCACGCUUCUGCCAGCCUGCACGCAACGCCCCUCAGCGGAGCCGCCACACCCGUGGACCUCACGCAGCAAGGCGACGGCGAGGAGUCGUCAUCGUCGGACGACGAGGAGGACGAGGAGCAAGAGCGCAGGCACGGCUUCCGGACGCAGGCGCUCUCCAACGGGGGGCUCAUCGGCCGGCUCAACGUCCGGAGGUCGGGCAAGGUGGAGCUGGACUGGGGGGGCCGCAUCCUGGAGAUGAGCCCGGCGGCGGGCAUGAACUUCUUGACGACGGCCGUCAUCGUGGAGGAGUCGGACGAGAAGCCUCAGAACGGCGUGACGACGGGCGAGAGCAUCGGCAUGGGCAAGAUCAUGGGGCGGUUCGUGCUGGCGCCGAUAUGGAGCGAGGAGGAGGAGUGGGAGGUUGCGCCCGAGGAGCUCGACAUUGGGGGCGCGAGCCAAUAG